GGCGACGGACGCAUUCGUUGGCCGCAAAAGUGGGUAUCACGUGAUCCGAUGACCGCCUUGUGUACGUCGGUCUCGGUUGGGUGGCCUUCAUUACCACAACCUCGCGAGGCCGCUGCAGAAGGUGAGAGAGUUCGAUGGCGAGAUCCGUUGAGAAGGGCGAUUCCGAAAUGGCCACGGCCCGUCCCCCGCUCCCCCUGAAGACCCGCCUCAUCAUCGCCGCCAUCACCGCCGCCACCGACGCUGCCUGCCGCCGCGACGGCACCGUCAACCGCCGGCUCUUUAACCUCUUCGACCGCAGGACCCCUCCCAACCCCAGCCCCAUCGACGGCGUCGCCACUGCCGACCACACCGUCGACCCCUCCCGCCACCUCUGGCUCCGCCUAUUCUCCCCCGCUUCCCCCGCCCCCCUCCCCCUCAUCGUCUACUUCCACGGCGGCGGCUUCACCUUCCACUCCGCCGCCAGCAGCCCAUACGACGGCUUCUGCCGCCGCCUCGCCCGCCGGGUCCCCGCCCUCGUCGCCUCGGUCGAGUACCGCCUCGCGCCCGAGCACCGUUGCCCGGCGUCCUACGACGACGGCAUCGACGUCCUACGCUGGCUCGGCAACGGCGAUCUCGUGCCUGACCUGUCCGCCGUCUACCUCGCGGGCGAUAGCGCCGGGGGAAACAUCGCCCACCACGUGGCGCGGCGGGCGCGAAGGGAGGCGCUGGGUGGGGCCAGCGUGGCGGGGCUGGUGGCCAUACAGCCGUUCUUCGGUGGGAAGGUGCCGUCGCCUUCGGAGGAGCGGCUGGGUGGGAUGCCCUUCGGGAAGCUGGAGCGGUUCGAGUGGAUGUGGAGAUCGUUCCUGCCGGUGGGCGCGGACGGGGACCACGAGGCAGCCAACGUGUUCGGGCCAGGGUCGGCGGCGGCGGACGACUUUGAGGAGGGCUUUCCGGCGACCAUGGUGUGCGUCGGCGGGUGGGACGCGCUGCAGGACCGGCAGCGGUGGUACUGCGAGGGGCUGAAGAGGAACGGGGUAGAUGUUCGCGUCGCCGAGUACCCGGACGCCGUCCACGCCUUCUACGUCUUCCCGGAGCUGCCCGACGCCCACAAGCUGGUCGAUGACAUCGCCGAUUUCGUCCACCGGCGGAUGGACGAGCUCAGCAAGCCCGUCGACAAAUGACAUCGCUUCCUUUCUCGUACGAAUCGAAACGAGCAGGAUCACCCCCUGCAGCAAGCAUCUUCUGCAUGAACAAGCACUCGGCAACGUAGAUAGAUUUGGUCUAUCAACAAUUGAAUUUGGCAAGAUUCAACAGCAGCAGCAGUCGGGGAGGAAGAACACAUGAAGCAAGGAAGCACAAGUCAUCAGCCAUGCGCAAUCUGGGUUUCAUCCGUGUUGCAGUCUUCUUCAAGCACGGUCACGAAACGAUGCUCAGGAACGCCGAUGGAUGCCGACGAGUCGCGUCCAGGUGAGAUGGAAUGCGCCGUGGUUUCACCAGCUUGAGGUUCCACAUCCGUGUCUUGCUUCACCAUGGGCAAGCCAGCUGUGCCGGCACUUGCAGAAGAUAUCCUUCCCUUCCACGUUCCACCAUCCUGAUGAUGUCCAAUACCAGAAGGUCAUCUAUCAAACCAAUUCGGAAGCUUCGUAUUGAUUGAAGCAUCGGAUUGCUUGAGAAGAGAACAGAGCAACCACAUCUAUCAUCAGGAGGUAAAAGAAUGUAGCCAAGACAGGGGAUGAACACUUGCAUCAAGUAUCGAAGGAUCGGGCAGCGGGCAUCUCACGGGUUGAUCGUGGUCGAGCGGUUCCGUCGGGUGCUCGAUCGGUUUGAACUCGUCGUUUACAUCAGCUUCAUGGUCAGUGCCGGUAGAGGAACCUCCGACCUCCAUGUUUGGAGCCAAAAAUACUUGCCUCACGUCCUGUCCAGGAAACCCAUUUCAUGAAUAGUUCAGAGGGACAUCAUUCAUUAGCUGACAGCUAAAUAGAAAUCCACUCGAGAGGGCAAAUCUCAUCGACUCAUCAAAACUUGGAGAGCACAACAAAACUCGCCAGGGAAGGGAAACCAAACAACCAAAAUCUCAUCUUUCUGACGAAGAUCCGGAAAAGAAGCAGUUUUGUGAGCUCACAGCCGCGCUCUUCGUCCGGCGGUGGCUGAUCCUCCCGGCGGAGAACAGAGCGAAGAUGCCGACCAUCUGUCUCCUCUGCACUGUUCCGAGGGAAGAAUCAAAGGGCUCGCAUCAUCACGAAGGAGAGCCGGGAUGGAACGGGGAGCCGAUGGAGGAGCGAGCAUUUAGAUGAGAGAGAGGGAGGGGACGGUUACCAGCCGCCCGCAGGCCACCGCUCUCCAUGCUGCCUUGAGUGCGAAGUCGACAUGAUGGGGAGUCCGAGGGGGGAACAGGUGGGGUCCUCCUCGGUGGCGCCACAACCACAACUGUCGGCCAUCGCCACCGGGAUCUAUCUUCCGCCAGUUUCCGAAUCUCGGAGCACCCAUCCAUCGGGUUUCCUUCUUCACGUAAUCCCAUGCAAAGCUGUAAGAGACUCUGACGCACUCCCUCCGCUCUGCAGUUUCUUCUUCCUCAAACGGAGUCGUCGUUUGCUUCAGCAUCCAUUUCUUUCUCCAACCCCUCUGUCUCACACGAAAUAGACGGCCGCGGGAGUAACAGAGCAGGAAGGUGCAUGUCAAAGCCUGGCAUGUUCAUCCGCCAACCGACACUGCUGGCCCAUGUCUCUUAGAUGACCUGAGCCACCCUGUACUCUCUCUCUCUCUCUCUCUCUCUCUCUCUCUCAACCUUCUAUGAGGUAACGUCUUCAUCGACGACGUAAGUGCAGCGAUAACAUCUUUAAGCAUAUCGUGGAAACCAGCAUGGUGUGAAUUUUGUCACCAUGUAUGCACGUAUGAUGUUGUGGAAAUGCAAGUAUGUGCAAAGUGGCAUGUCAAUCUCAUCGAUGGUCACAUCAAGUGUUCACAUGCACAACCGACCUGCAAAAGUGGCCUGUCGUCUCCCACAUUUUUCAGUAAUUAUAAUUAGAAGAUAAUUCAGUGUGUUGCAUA